AUGGCUGGCGCGGACGAGACGCUCGUGGCCGCGACGGCAGUGUUGCAGGCGCUCGCCCGCGAUGAAGUAGCAACGGGUUCUGCCUCCCCCCCUUCGAUUUCGAAUUCCCGGCGACCAACGGUGCCAAACCCUCCAGACUCCCCGGCCGCCUUCGAAGCCGAGUUGGAGGCCUUGGUGCGCCGUGUGCACCAUCUGGAAUUCCAAGCUGUCAGUCAUCACAAACUCCCUGACAAUACCCAGCAGACCACCCUGUCUGCUCACGGAUCUCACCAAAAGGACCCUGAUUUUUUGUGGACCUUUGGGCUCAAUCGCUUGUCGUCCGGUCAAGGUUCUGACUCUUCUUAUUGCCUUACACAGCAGCAAAGCCUGAAUCAACCCGGUCGGCGACAGGUGACCCCAUCGGGAAAUGACUCCAAAUCUCACCCUCCCCCGCAACAAGCCACCUCGGCAGGUGAACUCAACGACGAGGAGACCGACGAGGAAGAUGAGACCGGCGCCACCCGUCUGGUUCGAGAAGAAGACAUCAGUAUCCUCCGCAAUCACGUGCAGAAACAGGCCGAAGAGAUCAGCUUCCAGAAAGAUAUCAUCGCGCAGGUUCGAGAUGAGUUGCAAAAGCAGGAAGAGCACACCCGCCGUGCGCUCACCAAGGUGGAAAAUGAGGACGUGGUCUUGCUGGAACGCGAGCUUCGCAAGCAUCAGCAGGCGAACGAAGCUUUCCAGAAGGCCCUUCGAGAGAUCGGCGGCAUCAUCACUCAAGUGGCCAAUGGUGAUCUCUCGAUGAAGGUCCAGAUUCAUCCCUUGGAGAUGGACCCUGAAAUUGCAACCUUCAAACGCACGAUCAACACGAUGAUGGACCAGCUUCAAGUCUUUGGAAGUGAAGUCUCUCGCGUUGCCCGUGAAGUCGGCACGGAGGGUAUCCUCGGUGGUCAAGCGCAGAUCACUGGGGUGCACGGUAUUUGGAAAGAACUUACGGAAAACGUCAACAUUAUGGCCAAGAACCUGACGGAUCAGGUGCGAGAAAUCGCUGCCGUCACUACUGCCGUCGCUCACGGUGAUCUGAGUCAAAAGAUUGAGAGCCGGGCCCAGGGUGAGAUUUUGGAACUGCAACAGACGAUCAAUACCAUGGUGGACCAGCUACGGACCUUUGCUACGGAAGUCACACGAGUCGCCCGCGACGUCGGCACAGAAGGUGUCCUGGGUGGACAGGCACAGAUCGAAGGGGUACAGGGAAUGUGGAACGAACUGACAGUCAAUGUCAACGCUAUGGCCAACAAUCUAACAACACAAGUGCGAGAUAUUGCGACGGUCACCAAGGCCGUCGCAAAGGGUGACCUCACACAGAAGGUGCAAGCCAACUGCCGUGGAGAGAUUGCGGAGUUGAAGAAGAUUAUCAAUUCGAUGGUCGACCAACUUCGCCAAUUCGCCCAGGAGGUCACGAAGAUUGCCAAGGAGGUCGGUACUGAUGGUGUCCUAGGUGGACAGGCUACGGUCAAUGACGUCGAGGGUACCUGGAAGGAUCUCACGGAGAACGUGAACCGAAUGGCCAACAACCUGACCACCCAGGUGCGCGAAAUUGCGGAUGUUACAACGGCCGUCGCGAAGGGUGACUUGACAAAGAAGGUCACCGCAAACGUUCAGGGUGAAAUACUCGACCUCAAGAGCACUAUCAAUGGCAUGGUGGACCGACUGAAUACCUUUGCAUUUGAAGUCAGCAAAGUCGCCCGAGAAGUCGGAACUGAUGGUACGCUUGGCGGCCAGGCCAAGGUCGAUGAUGUGGAAGGCAAAUGGAAGGAUCUCACCGACAAUGUCAACACAAUGGCUCAGAAUCUCACGUCGCAAGUACGAAGUAUAUCGGACGUGACUCAAGCUAUCGCGAAGGGUGAUCUCAGCAAGAAGAUCGAAGUCCAUGCCCAGGGAGAAAUAUUGACCCUCAAAGUCACCAUCAACCACAUGGUGGGCCGACUAGCCAAGUUUGCAACAGAACUUAAAAAGGUCGCCCGCGAUGUAGGUGUUGACGGCAAGAUGGGCGGUCAAGCGAACGUUGAAGGAAUCGCAGGAACCUGGAAGGAGAUCACAGAGGACGUCAAUACCAUGGCCGAGAAUCUAACGUCUCAAGUGCGCGCCUUUGGUGAAAUCACGGAUGCCGCCACCGACGGUGAUUUCACCAAGCUUAUUACGGUGAACGCAUCCGGCGAAAUGGACGAGCUCAAACGGAAGAUCAACAAGAUGGUUUCAAAUCUGCGAGACAGUAUUCAGCGCAACACCGCGGCCAGGGAAGCUGCCGAACUCGCGAAUCGCACCAAAUCCGAAUUCCUUGCGAAUAUGUCGCACGAGAUUCGAACGCCGAUGAACGGUAUUAUUGGCAUGACCCAACUUACCCUCGACACGGACGAUCUCAAGCCCUACACGCGCGAAAUGUUGAAUGUGGUACACAACUUGGCGAACAGUCUACUCACCAUCAUUGAUGACAUACUGGAUAUUUCCAAGAUCGAAGCAAACAGGAUGGUCAUUGAAAGCAUCCCAUUCACUGUGCGUGGCACAGUCUUCAAUGCGCUCAAGACCUUGGCCGUGAAGGCCAACGAGAAAUUCCUCAGUUUGACGUACCAGGUCGACAACACUGUUCCAGACUAUGUCAUUGGUGAUCCUUUCCGUCUGCGACAAAUCAUUCUGAACUUGGUCGGCAAUGCCAUCAAGUUCACGGAGCAUGGCGAAGUCAAGCUCACAAUUCGAAAGUCCGAUCGCGAACAAUGCACCACCAACGAAUAUGCCUUUGAAUUCUCGGUCUCCGAUACUGGCAUUGGAAUCGAGGAGGACAAACUUGACCUGAUCUUCGAUACAUUCCAACAGGCCGAUGGUAGCACCACACGCAGGUUCGGUGGUACGGGUCUUGGUCUGUCCAUCUCUAAACGUCUAGUCAACCUCAUGGGAGGUGAUGUGUGGGUUACGUCUGAGUAUGGACACGGCAGCACUUUCCACUUCACCUGUGUGGUGAAGCUCGCCGAUCAAUCCCUGAAUGUCAUUGCCUCCCAACUCUUGCCCUAUCGAAACCACCGAGUCUUGUUCAUUGACAAGGGCCAUAACGGCGCUCAGGCCAUGAAUGUCAUGAAGAUGUUAAAGCAGAUCGAGUUGGAACCCUUGGUCGUACGCAACGAGGAGCAUGUGCCUCCACCAGAGAUUCAGGACCCUUCCGGGAAAGAAUCUGGCCAUGCGUACGAUGUCAUUAUCGUGGAUUCAGUGGACACCGCUCGAGUCCUGCGUACUUUCGACGAGUUCAAGUAUAUUCCGAUUGUAUUGGUCUGUCCCCUGGUCUGUGUCAGCUUGAAGUCCGCAUUGGACCUGGGUAUCAGCUCCUACAUGACUACGCCCUGCCAGCCCAUCGACAUGGGUAACGGUAUGCUCCCCGCGUUGGAGGGACGAUCUACUCCUAUCACGACUGACAACUCCCGCUCCUUUGACAUUCUUCUUGCCGAGGACAAUGAUGUGAACCAGCAGCUGGCGGUCAAGAUACUGCAACGGCACAACCACAAUGUGUUCGUGGUGGGUAACGGUCUGGAGGCCGUCGAAGCCGUUAAGAAGCGACGUUAUGACGUGAUUCUCAUGGAUGUGCAAAUGCCGGUCAUGGGUGGAUUUGAGGCCACCGGUAAGAUUAGAGAGUACGAGCGAGAGAGCGGUCUGCAGCGGACGCCCAUUAUCGCUCUUACAGCACACGCUAUGCUGGGCGAUCGUGAGAAGUGUAUUCAAGCUCAGAUGGACGAGUAUCUGUCCAAACCACUGAAGCAGAACCAGAUGAUGCAGACGAUCCUGAAGUGUGCAACACUUGGUGGGUCCUUGCUCGAGAAGAGCAAAGAGUCUCGAAUCUCAAGCAGUGGAGAGAUGCAUCCGUUGCAUUCUUCCUCGGUUCCUGAGAAUCAGCAGAGUGGGCGGCCAGGCCUGAUCGAGGCCCGGGCGACAUCCAGCACGGGUCCACCCACGCGAGGCACUCCAGCCGAACCGGAAGAUUCAGAAAUGGCUGAUGACAUUGAUCGCACGUUAUUGUUACGGUCCAACAGUACUUGA